AAAUAAGUUAUUUUUAACGUUACAAAUUGUGUUUUGUAACAAACAUGAGGCCUUUAACUGACGAAGAAACCAAGACGAUGUUUGAGAAGCUCUCAAAAUACAUUGGAGAGAAUAUCAAACUGUUGAUAGAUCGACCUGACGGGACAUACUGUUUCAGACUUCAUAAUGACAGAGUGUAUUACAUCAGUGAAAAAAUCCUGAAAUUGGCCACAAAUAUCUCACGAGACAAGCUGGUAUCAGUUGGCACAUGUUUUGGGAAGUUCACCAAAACACACCUGUUCAGACUGCAAAUCACCUCCCUGGAUUUUCUUGCCCCUUAUGCAAAGUUCAAGGUGUGGGUUAAACCAGGAGGAGAGCAGUCUUUUCUUUACGGAAAUCACAUUAUGAAGUCUGGAUUGGGGAGGAUCACAGAGAACACUUCUCAGUACCAGGGAGUAGUGGUGUACUCUAUGGCUGAUGUUCCUUUGGGAUUUGGUGUUGCAGCCAAAACAACACAAGAGUGUCGGCGAGUGGACCCCAUGUCCAUCGUUGUGUUCCACCAGGCAGACAUUGGUGAAUACAUCAGAAAUGAGGAUAUGCUGACGUAAAGGGGACUCAACAGAACAUAAAUAAAAUGGACUUUAGCAGUGGUGCUGGCCACUGAACCACCAAUUCCAGGACAUGGUCACGUUCCAGGACAUGGUCACCCAGUGUCUUGUUUUGUGUAUCAUUACACACCAGUGACUGCUUACCAGCAAGGACAUCACCUGUUCCUUUCAUCACAGCCUACAGAUGUGAUUUAUCAUCGCUUCUUACACGGCACAUGCCAGGAUCAUUUGUAGUCAUCUGAAGAUUUGAUUUUUUUUUUGUGCUUUUCUCUGUCCUACAUGUGUAAAAUGUUAAACAGUUAAUAUGGAAACAGUAAACAUAUUUUUAACACUUUGAAGAAUUAAAUUUAUUUAUGCAAAAGAACUACA